GGCCCGCAGCCGGCGCAGCAUGCCGGGGCGGCCCGCCCCGCACAGCCCGCCCGCCCCGCACCGCCCGCACGCACGCUCUCCCCUGCGCGGCCGGCCCCUGGCCCCGGCGCUGCCUCCUCCGCGCCGCCGCGCCCCGGCGGGAACGUGACCACAGCUCGCCGCCUGCCCGCGGGGCCGUCCGCCAUGGAGGCUCCCUAUGAUGGCGCUGAGGUGACGGUGGUGAUGGAGGAGAUAGAGAGCACUUACACUUACACAUCACCAGUGCCAUCCAAGAAGAAGAAGAAACAUAAAAGUACUGGUGAUCAUGGAGAAAAAGCCAAGAAGCCUCGAUCUGCUUACCUUCUCUACUAUUAUGAUAUUUACUUGAAAGUACAACAAGAGCUUCCACACCUCCCUCAAUCUGAAAUCAACAAAAAGAUCAGUGAGAGCUGGAGGUUGCUCAGUGUGGCUGAAAAGAGCUACUACUUGGAAAAGGCCAAGCUAGAGAAGGAGGGACUGGACCCGAACUCCAAGGCAUCCACUCGAACUGCAGUAGUCCCUGACAUUCCAGGCUUCCGCAAGAUCCUUCCUCGCUCCGACUAUAUAAUUAUUCCCAAAUCCACUCUUCAGGAGGACAGGAGCAGGCAGUCUCUGGAGCUGUGUGUGACACAGAGCCCAGCAGCACCUGAAGGUUUGGCAGCUGCCAGGAAUGUCACCAGGGUGCCCCGUGACACCGUGCAGAACAUCCUUUCCGUGGACUCGGGCAUUGCCAUCGAGGGGCUGGCAGAGGACACGGCAGCCUUUGCCCAGCCCGAGGCUGCAGAAGAAGCUGUUACCUCAGAGGUUCUGUCUCACUAUGUUGGGCCUGUGACAGAGAAAGUGGCUGGAGAGAUCCUCUUGGAUGAGGCUUCUUUGGAAAUAGAAGGACAGCCGUACCAGACAGCGCGAGUGGUUAUUGAGGAGACGCUGGUGAGCAGCUCCACAGACAUCUCCAACGGGGGCAUCGCUGUGGCACAUCCCCCGGUGCCCGAUGGGGUCUCUGUGGUGACCGUGGUGACUGGGAGGGAUACUGAAGAGAGUAGCUCCUCCACACCUGCAACACAGUUUAUCAUGUUACCUUUGCCAGCUCACUCUGUUGUGGAGAACCCAGCAUCAAUUAAAUUGACAACCACCUAUACUCGCAGGGGACAUGGAAAUUGCACCAACCCUGGCUGUUCCUUCACUUAUGUCACCAGGCAUAAGCCACCAAAAUGCCCAACGUGUGGGAACUUCCUGGGAGGGAAAUGGAUCCCAAAGGAAAAGCAACCAAAAACCAAAUCUGAGCCAAAUUCAGGCACCUCUCUUAAAACUCCAGCAGCUAAAAGAGGUCAGCAGUCAGCCCUGACAGAACCCACGGCCGCUAGCGAGAGUUCCUCCAAGUGCACCUUGGAGAGCUCUGAAGCUGUCAGCCAGCUGCUGAAUGCUGUGCCUGGUGGAGGGCAGAUGCCUGAGAUGGAGUGGGAGGAAGUGAUCAUCUCUGAGGGCCACUUUCUCCCAAAUAAUGUGCUUGCUGAAGACAGGAGUGCUGUUGGAGCGGUGCUGGGCCAAGAGAGCCAGCGGCAAGGAGACACCUCUUCGGAGCAGGCAGAGAAAGGAAGUGUAGGGCUGGGGAUGUCGACAUCUUCUGAGGUAUUGAGUCCAAAUGCCUCUGUGAAAAAGCCAGUGAUGGGAACUGAUGCAACAGCUGCUACACACAAGGGACAAGAAGCAAAGAGUAAACCAAGACCCAAGCCCUCCUUGCUGGCUGCAGCCAGACCCAUGCGAGCCAUUCUGCCUGCUCCAGCCAGCGUGGGGAGAGAAGCCAGCACGGAGCAGCUGAGCAGCAGGCAGGCCUUUGCAAGUACUGACAAGCAUUCCCCUGUGAGAACAUCAGGCUUGAAGCCCAGUACACUGAAACAGUUGGGCCAGUCAGUUCUGCAGCCACAAACUGCUGAGGAGCAAAAGCUCCACAGUUCUGUGACAAGCAGGGCAUCUCAGGUUAAAGUUGUGGAGGUCAAACCAGACAUGUUCCCUUCCUACAAGUACAGUUGCACCGUAACUUUGGAUUUGGGAUUAGCAACAUCACGUGGCAGAGGGAAAUGCAAGAACCCCUCCUGCAGUUACGUGUAUACAAACAGGCACAAGCCACGCAUCUGCCCAAGCUGUGGAUACAACCUUGCCAAAGACAGGACUGAGAAAACAGCAAAAUCCCUGGAGGCGAGUCCAGGCCAGCCAGACGUGCUGAACACCAGCGAGCCCCUGACACCGUCGCAGAAAGAAAUCCAGCGUCAGUCCACGCUGCAGCUGCUGCGCAAGGUGAUGCAGAUCCCCGAGAACGAGUCGGAGCUGGCAGAGAUCUUCACCCUCAUCCACGAGCUCAACAGCUCCAGGCUCAUCCUGUCCAACGUGAGUGAGGAGACAGUGACCAUCGAGCAGACCUCCUGGUCCAACUACUACGAGUCUCCGUGUGUGCAGUGCCUCCUCUGUAACAGCCCCUUGUUCAAAGGGGGACAGAAUUCCCUUGCUGGUCCUCAGGAGUGCUGGCUGCUGACAGCCAAUAGAUUACAGGUGGUUACAGCUCAGGUCAAAGUGUGCUUGAACCUACAGUGUCUGGCCCUCCAUAGCUUCACUGACAUUUACACAGGCCUUUUCAAUGUGGGUAACAAAUUGUUAGUGAGCUUGGAUCUUCUGUUUGCAAUCCGAAACCAUAUUAAACUUGGAGAGGAUCCCAGAGUGGCUGUUGGCAAUAUCCUUGACUCUGUUCAGGAGCAAACUGAUAAAAGCCUGAGCCCUGAUGAGCAGGCUCAGCUCCAGGAACUGCUGUGCAAUGGCUACUGGGCUUUUGAAUGCCUGACAGUCCGGGAUUACAAUGAUAUGAUCUGUGGAAUCUGUGGCAUAACCCCCAAGGUGGAAAUAGCCCAGAGGAAUACGGAAAAUGUCCUAGCACUGAAAAAUAUAGAGUUUACUUGGCCAGAAUAUUUGCCAUCAAGUGAAGUGAACGUGGAAGACUUUUGGUCCACGAUGGAGACAGAGGUGAUUGAGCAGGUGGCUUUUCCUUCUAGCAUCCCCAUCACAAAGUUUGAUGCCUCUAUUGUUGCUCCUUUCUUCCCUCCACUGAUGAGAGGAGCAGUGGUGAUCAAUACAGAGAAGGACAAGAGCCUGCAUGCACAGCCAGUGCCAGGUAAUGGGAGUGCCUUGGUGAGGCUCCUUCAGGAAGAAGUCUUCAGGCCUGAGCUGAUAAACUCUUACAGUGAGGAAGAGCUGCAGAGCUUUCUGACACAGUGUGGCAUCCCCUGGGAGGCAUCACAUACAAAGGAUGAGCUCUGCUACUCCCUCCUGGCUCUCUAUGAGUUUGUACAGAAUGGAACAAGCAUUACACCACCUUCUGCUCAUCACACAGGAGGGAAAAUCUACAAAGUGUGUCCACAUCAGGUUGUGUGUGGCUCCAAGUACAUAGUAAGAGGAGAAAAUGCUCGGGAUCACGUGGAUUUGCUGGUAUCCUCACGUCACUGGCCUCCAGUGUAUGUUGUUGAUUCAGCCUCUUCAGUGGCACUGUGUGCAGACCUCUGCUGGCCUGGCCUGACUUCCCAGAUGUGGGGGAAGAACCAGGGCUGCUUCUCUGACCCCAUGGAACCUCCAACGUACGUGUCCUGCCCCGAACUGCUGGACCAGCACUACAGCGUGGACAUGACGGUGGCUGAGCACUCCCUUCAGCACCCCAUCACCAAGUCGUCGGCGCGCCGAAUCGUGCAGGCGGGCUCGGAGCAGAGCAGCCCCUGGGACCCCACGGCUCGGCACCGCUGCAUCUCCCUGUGCCGCGAGCUGGAGCCCUACGGCGCCAUCGCCGCCGCCAUCAGCGACAGCAGAACCAGCAACGUGCGCCAGCGGCCCAUCACCUUCGAGAACCCCACGCACUAUUACCUCUACAACCGCCUCAUGGACUUCCUCACCAGCAGGGAAAUCGUCAACAGGCAGAUCCAGGAGAUCGUGCAGAGCUGCCAGCCCGGCGAGGUGGUGAUCCGUGACGCGCUCUACCGGCUCGGCGUGGCCCAGAUCAAAACAGAAACGGACGAGGAUGAAGAGGUUGGAGAUGCUGGUGGCUUUGACUGCUGUUACUGACCAAAGAGCUCUGUGCUUCCAUAGCAUCGUGAUAGCUGCUGUGAGCAUGGGUCUGUCACCCCCUUGCAGAAGGCUGCAACUGCCUCCGAGGCAUGUGAUGGGCCUGCAGUUCAGGGCUGUGGGAUGUUGCCCUCCCUGCAGCUGGACAGGGGAGAGGAGUUGCUGCUGGCAGGGAGUGUGCGUGGUCAAGCACACACAGGUUAUUUAAUUCUGAAUCUUGCUUGCUGACUUUGUGCUUAUUGGUGGCAGGGCUGGGGGUGUGGGACCAGGCGUAAACGGUAGACGGCUACAACGAUUUCCCCCAAAACAUUCUGAAUAGGUGAAUUUAGGAUACUGACUCCUGCUUGGUAAACUUGCAGAGCUCUCAUCGGCAUUGGCUGCAAGGAGUCUUGAGGAGGAGGAGCUGUGCUGCUUUAAUGUGCUGCAUCUGGGGAGCCUCCCUGGAGGCUGCACUCCUGGUCCAGGAUUGUGGAUGCUUUAGCUGCAGGGAGUUUCUAGAAUUGUUUGUUCCUUCACAUAAGCACUGAUAACUUAGAAGCCAAAAGGUAUAGUGAGAGGAGAGUGUUCUGUAUGGCAGGGUAAGAACUGAGCCCCAGGGCAGCCAAGGGGUUGGAGGAUGGUUUAAGUGCUGUGCAAGGGGUGGCUGUGGAGGGGGGAGGGACCCUCAAACACUGUCUGUGGCAUCAAGGAGGAAUGAUGAAUGCAGUGUCACCAGAGAGAGCAGGGUUCUGUAUUCCACCCUCAUGGACGUGCUGGGAGAGCUGCACCCACGUGUGCAAUCUCAGCACUUUGUCAGAUGUCACACCUGCCCUGCCCAUGUUCCCACAGCACUCUGGGGGUUAGAGGAGUCUCCUGCUGCCCAGGUUGCUUUGUCAGCCCCUUGAGAGGAGUCAGGAUGAGACCUCUGCCUCUGCAGCACACCUGAGGAACACCUGGGGCUGUGAGUGCAAAGCUGUGCUGUCAUUGCUGCAGCUCCCUUUGGCCAUGGCUGGUGCUGAAGGUGUUUGGUGUUUGCUGUGACCCACAGAGGAGACAAGCAGGAUGCCAGACUGCUAAGUUGCCAUCUUGGGAGUUUAUUUUGUCUGAGUGAGCAGUGGGGAAGAUUCUGAGGCUUGCGGUGUGGUUGAAAACUCCCUUCUGUGAAGGGGAACCUAUUGAGUACCAUACUGUUAAAGUAAAUGUAUUAAGUCUGAGCAAAUGCAGUAAUCAUGGCUUGGGGUUUUUCUGUUAAGAACAUUAACUUAUUCUAAGAGACAUUAGUGACUUUUUUCAGUCAGUGAUAAAGUUUAAUAAAUUAUCUCCAAUUUUGGGGGUGAAACUGUGGUCAAGUGA